GCUCCCCACUAUCAAGUUCUGAUAGCAGGUCUUAUCAUCAAACCCUAAUCAUUAGCCGCUACUUCGAUCGAUUUCGAGCCUUCACAGUCUCCUCAUAAUUUGCGAAAAAGCGCUGGGGACUUGAAAGUCCUGCCAACUCAACGAUUUCGAGUCUGCACAGUAUCGUGAAAUAUGUCGGGUGUUUGGGGCUGGUUCGGGGGAGGGGGUGCGCAGAAAGCGAAGGACUCCCCGAAGAAUGCUAUCUUAGGACUACGUGCGCAGCUUGAGAUGCUGCAGAAACGAGAGCGUCAUUUACAAAGUCAGAUGGAUGAACAAGAUGCGAUAGCUAGGAAGAAUGUAAGCACGAAUAAGAAUGCUGCGAAGGCUGCAUUGCGCCGGAAGAAACAACAUGAGCACACUCUAGAUCAAACUAUUGCGCAGAUAUCGACAUUAGAACAACAAAUAUACUCGAUCGAAGCAGCCAACAUCAACAAGGAGACUCUCCUUGCCAUGGAGAAAGCCGGCAAGGCAAUGGCAGCUAUUCAUGGCAAACUCGAUAUCAACAAGGUUGAUGAGACAAUGGACAAACUUCGAGAACAGCAUGCUUUGGGCGAAGAAAUCGCUCAAGCUAUUACGAGCGCACCUCUCGGCGAGCCUAUAGAUGAGACUGAGCUCGAAGACGAAUUGGCGGAUCUUGAACAAGAGCAGUUGGACAAUAAGAUGCUAAAGACUGGUUCCGUACCAGUCUCUGAUGAAGUUCAUAGGUUGCCAUCUGUUGUGAAUGGAGAGGUCAAAUCCAAAGCACCCGUUCAUGUUGAAGAGGAUGACGAAGAGGAAGAGCUUCGAAGGCUACAAGCUGAGAUGGCCAUGUAA